AUGUUUUUUAGAAUAACCUCUUAUUACAGAGGAAUUAAUGAAAUUAAAGGAAAAGCUUUAGUUAAUAGAAAAAGAUUCGCAUAAAUUUAAAGAGAUAAAAGUAAUUAAUAUUGUUUUUUAAGCUAGCAAGGUCGGUAUUUCCCUUCUAUUUUUUUCUUAUGAUUUUAAAGUAGAAACUUUUCAAAAUUAUCCAAAUGGCUGUAAAUUUUAUAGGAUUAAUUAAUAAAACUAGAAGUGGUAAAGGAAAAUAUAUCUGCUAUUAUUCUAAGAGAAUUUUUGGGUGGUAAUUUCAAUGGAUAUGGGUGAAUGACUUUUGA